GGUCCAUAUGUACGUCAAUCAGCUGGAUAGUGACGUAUGAGGUGUUGUUAUAGUUGACAGGGCAAGUACCUGCUGGACAAAACUACUGAAUUUGAUACUCUAAUGGCUCUGAAUUUACUUUAAAACCAUAUAAAGACCAUCUCACAGAGGAAGUGAUGUAUUAUUCUGGUAAAAGGCGAGGAGAAGAUGGGAUUGCUGCUGUCAUUGACUUCCUGUUGUCCAAUGCCCGGCUGGUGCUGGGGGUCGGUGGAGCUGUGGUGCUGGGCAUUGCCACAUUAGCUGUGAAACGGCUAAUAGAACGUGCUGGUAGGCCUCCUGAUGAGAAGCCUGACAAGAAGAUGACGGACAGCUGGGAGGAGUUAAGCUUGGUUAGUGCCUCCCCCAAACUGCUGCACAAGAGUAUAGAAGGAGUGGUCAUGAAACAGAUUGCUGCCGCAACCAAGAAAGCAGAGCUCUCCCAACCCAUCCCCCUGCCCUCACCUGAGCCCCAGCGCUGUAACACUGAACCACCUCAGCGACGGAAACGCAUGGAUCUGUGUGUGAUGACAUUUGUGGACCGUCUGCAGCAGUACUACAGAACACGUGUGUGUCUGUCAGGGGAGGAGGUGUCUGUCGCACAACAGAGAGUGUUAGAUAUAGCCACAGAGAUCCAGGCCUUCCUGCACUCCAAACACCCAGGCAUGCCACUGGGAGACAUGACGCUGGCGGGGUCAUUGCUCGACAACCUGCAAGUGGUUAAAGCCGACCAUGCUUGCUUGAUCGUGCCCCUGCAGUUGGAGUCCAGUCUGUGGACGCCUAUUGCCGGAGAGGACACAUUUUUGGGUCACCCUCAGUACUGCAUGGUGCGCCGUGAAAACCUUGAGUACUUCCCGAGGGGGCGGAGCUACUGGGAUCGACAUUUGCUGGCUGGAUACUUGUCGUCGCGGCUUGUUUCCGAGCAACUAGGCAAGACAGUGAUGGAAUCAAUGAACUGGCCAUCGCUGACCGGAACCUUGGAGUGCGAGGUGCGACCAGUGCUUGGGUCUCCUGAGCUCAAACUGGAAAUUCAAGGGUUAACUCAAAGCAGUUAUGACAGUGGAGAACGCUUCUAUAUAACAGUUUUGCCAACAGUGCGCCUUGGUGAGAUGACGCUUAUGGCGCAACCAGAGAUCACUGGGUCAUUCGACUACAUCUGGUACCAGAGCCUAUACACUAGUGAAACGGCUAGACUAGCAGAGCUUGACAAAGCAGACUCGGGGGUCAGAAGGAAGUGCCUGAAAACCCUAAAGGCGGUGUGCUGCAACUGCCCUUCACUACGCAAGCUCAACGCCAGCCAUCUUAGCAACGUCAUUCUACACAUGAGUGAAAAUGAAACAGAUUGGACAGAAUCAGCAUUUGCUGAUAGGUUCCUGCAGGCGAUCACUGAGCUAAUCGGAUAUUUGGAAACUGGAAUCUUGCCUAGUUACUUCAAAUCUAAUGUGAAUCUGUUUCAGGGUUUUACUGAGGACGACAUUGAUGAGUUGGGCUUCAUGCUGUACUGUGCUGUAACUGAACCUGAGAUUCUUCUGAUCUGAUUCACUCCUCCUCCUAUACCCCCUGCGCACAGAAUAGUACUUUUUUAUUAAAACAACUCUCCAUUGUCUAUUCAUGGUCCCCUUAUGUGUAUUUCCACUUACCUACUCCUUUAAAGGGGAUUUUGAAGUGACAUUGGCUCCAUUUGACUAUGCAGCACUUACCUAGACACUUUGCUUGGAUGUAGAUUUUAAAGAAGUGAGAGAAAGCUUUCAUAGUUCAGACGAUUUGUCUGUGACUUAAGAUGGAUUUUCUUUUGUUGAUAACCUGUUCUGAGCUCUGUGUUGACCAUCAGUAUAUGUUUUAUUAUUUUGCUUUUAGGAGCAAAGGCUAUAAUCACAGACUAUGCAAAGCUGUGUUCAAUCUGAAGAAGCAAAUACUUAAUAUUAAGACAAUAAAGCAGUAAUGCAAUGUUAAUUU